UUAGGGCCGUUAUCUUCUCCUUCCUCUCUCUCUCUCUCUCUCUCUCUCUUCUCCAUCUCUCUCUCCUAAUUUUCUGGACAAACUCUUUUUUCCAGAGGUUCUGCGGGAAAUUUCUUGGAGGAGGAGGAGGAGGGAGAGAGGGAGAAGAAACAUCUCCGAUCCUUUUGUAAUUUGGUUGAAUGUGAAUCUCUCCCACCCCGUUUCCAGCCUUAAUCAUGAUUCCGAGUUUAUCUGGAGAAGUUUUUUCGUUUGAGGAAUUCGACAUUGAUUUCGAAUUUGACGCACCUCGUUUCUACGAUUUCUCCAGACCAGAGCUCGAUUCCGAGACAGAGGAGAUCGAGUUCUGGUUCGAAUCCGCUGGAAACUAUCCUCCUUCGCCUUUUAGCCCAAAGUGCAAUUGGAAACUCGAGCCGCUUAAGCAAAUCACAAACAUCAUCUCCGAAACUAAGCCUGUUGAGAUUUCAAAACCGGUUAUAGAAUCCGGUCUGAAUCGAAAAGAUCAAUACAACGGGUUCAUUUAUUAUAACCAAACUGUUAAAGAUGUCUCAAAGACCAAACCCAAAUCAAAAACGAAAUCAUGCUGUAGCUCAACUUUAACAAGACCUACGGCUUCUUUACUUGCAAGGCAGAACAAACCAUUAGACGUUUACUCUGUUCAACUUCUGACUAGAUGUCAGAGAUCAUUAGCAAAGUUUGGUGGUAACUUAUCUCCGAUCUUAGACUCUAAGUUGCAAAACAAAGACACCAAAAGGCCAAAACUGGAAGCUAAGGUGUCUCGAGUUAACUCCAACAGAAGAUCGAAACUCACUGUUCCAAAGGAACCGAAUCUCAGAACUGCAGAAAGAUCUGAAAGACACAGGUCUAAGCUUAACUCAGAAACUGAGCAGAAUGCAAAACCAAGGAUUAGUUCAUCUAAAAGAAACACUACGAACAAAAAUAUUAAAGUUGAACCUUGUUCAACACCUUUGCCAAAAAGUAAUACUCCACGGUCUCAAGAUCUUCUUCAGGAAUUUGGCUUAAGAACAUUACUGAGAGCAAAGGAACGCUCUUCAAAUGCGAAAAUUGAUGCCAUACAAGAGAACAUUGCUACUAACUCCAGAACGCUAAAACCCACUAAAUCCCCAAAGGGUAGGUUAGUCAAAGGAAAUCACAGCAGCCAAGUGUCUGGAUUUAAUAUCUGCCCUCUAGGCUCAGCGAAAUCAAGCAGGGAAAAACUGGGUGAACCAUCUAGCAUCAAAUAUGGAACACCAAGCUCUUACAGGACAGAUAUUAACAGAUAGCAGACAUUAUUGACUAUAUAAUUUGAACAAGAGCAUGGAUUUAUGCCGGAAAUUCGAUUCACAGGAAGUGUCAGGGAGCCUAAUCAUUGCUUAAUCUUCACAUUGAAGAUGUUAUGAUCAUGUUUAAUAC